AUGGAUGAACUAAUUAAACGGAAAGAGAAUAUUGAAAAGGAAGUUAAGGAACUUACAGAAUUUUUAAAUUCAUUUGGACCUGAUGUUGGAGUUAAAGGUAGCCUUGUAGAUUCAGAAGGAUUUCCACGUGCAGAUAUCGAUUUAUACGAGAUUAGAAGUGCUAGAAAUCGCCUAGCUAUUCUUAAUACAGACUACUCAGAAGUAAUGAAGAAAAUUGAAACCAAACUAAUAGAACUACAUAGUCAAUCUAAAAUAAAUGUUCCUUACCCUGUUAAAAAACAAUCCUGCCAAGAUUUAGGGAAACUUAUACCUUUUGCUCGUGUAGAUGAUGUUAAGGAAGCAUCCCCUGCAUAUGAAUCUGGACUAAGAGUUGGUGAUCUGAUUUUGAAGUUUGGAUCACUAUAUGUUAAGGAAGGAUCUACAGAACAACAGAUAAAUACUAUUUUUGAAGAUAUACCAACUAAAGUAGUGGAGUCACUUAGUAAGAUCCUACAUAUAACAGUUUCACGUUCCAAAGAUAGUUCAGAUCUUACUAAGGAAGUCAUAAAUAUUGAGGUUACCCCUAAAAGGUGGUCUGGAAGUGGUUAUUUAGGAUGUCACAUUGUAGCUCACAAGAACCUAAAUAAUAAUUUAUAA